CCUGGGAGACUCUUACAACAAUGAAAACCCUGCAGUGUUUCUUACAAAAGUUAAACCAGUUACAGGGCUAAUGGACUAUCAAUGCCAACAGUAGACAACCCAGCCACUUCACAGCAGCACCGCCUACUGUGUUCCCACCUCCUCAAUCAGCUUUCUACCUGAAUGAGAGAGAAAAGUGUGGGCUUCGUUGAAUACCUAAGAUGUGUAACUCUGGAGGACCAAAUUUGAUAGCAAAUUACAGAGCCUAAGAGCUUCACUGAAAGUGUCUGCCUUGCAGACCUACCCUAUAUGUUGGGUGCUGAUUACAGCUGUGACAGAAUUGCAUGGGCAAGCAAAAGCACCUUGAAAUUGAAAGAACCACAAAAUGGCUGAAAAUGCUGAAAAGCUGGGAAAAAUACAAGAACAGUGAGAAGUUUCAUAGGAGAAUUUAUAAAGGAAUUCCACUACAGCUCAGAGGUCAAGUUUGGUCUUUACUACUUGAUGUUCCUAAAAUGAAAGAAGAAAUGAAAGACUUUUAUAAUAAAUUGAAAUAUCGAGCACGAGGGUCUUCACCGGAUAUCAGACAGAUCGAUCUUGAUGUAAAUCGGACAUACAGAGAUCAUAUCAUGUUUAGAGACAGAUAUGGUGUUAAGCAACAGGCUUUAUUCCAUGUUUUAGCAGCAUAUUCUAUAUAUAACACGGAGGUUGGAUACUGUCAGGGAAUGAGCCAGAUCACAGCUUUACUCCUUAUGUAUAUGAAUGAAGAAGAUGCCUUCUGGGCCUUGGUGAAGUUGCUUUCGGGUCCUAAGCAUGCUAUGCAUGGGUUUUUUGUUCCUGGCUUUCCGAAACUGUUGCGGUUCCAAGAGCAUCAUGACAAAAUAUUGAAGAAGUUUUUGUCAAAGCUUAAGCAACAUUUGGACGCCCAAGAGAUCUCCACAAGCUUCUACACAACUAAGUGGUUUUUUCAGUGUUUCCUUGAUCGCACUCCUUUUACAUUAAACCUCAGGAUAUGGGAUAUCUACAUACUGGAAGGAGAGCGUGUGCUUACUGCUAUGUCUUACACAAUUCUGAAACUGCACAAGAAACAUCUGAUGAAAUUACAAAUGGAAGAACUUGUAGAAUUUCUUCAGGACACUCUAGCCAAGGACUUCUUCUGUGAAGAUGACGUUGUAAUAGAGCAGCUUCAAAAUUCGAUGUCAGAACUGAAACGAGCAAAGUUAGACCUACCAGCUGCUGCACCCGACAUCGUGGUCUUCCUGUUCGCUACUACCCCCCAAGUCUCUCCUGGUAAAGAUGAUGAAUUUCCCAAGAAGCCAUUGGGACAAAUUCCACCAGACCCACAGCCUGGCGUGCUUAACCUUACUCACAUGCUCAAUGGACAGAACAAUACUGGUACACAGGCAGCACAGAAGACAGAGAGAAAACCGUCUUCUGAAGAAGUUCAAGCAAAUUCACCAAAUAACAGGAGAAGAAUUAAUUCCUUGGAGAAGAGGCCUUCAUUCAAACACCAGAAGUCUGGGCCCCUGGAUACACGGAGUGGGAACUCCAAGAAUGAUAUAGAUAUCAGAAAAAAGCCUCAGCCAACAGCACAAGACACUUCCAGGCAAUACAAUAAUGCAGCUGCUAACCAAAAUUCUAAUGCUACUUCAAACCCAAGAAGGGAAUUUGUACCUAAGUGGAAUAAACCAUCAGAUAUCAAAGUUAUUGAAAAGACCGCCAGAUUUAAUACUGAGGUCAAAGGUAGAACAAUAAUCCAUUCUGUUUCAGGCAUGCCACCGAGUCCCGGAGAACCACAGCCAUUGAAUGUAAAGCAAAAGAUGAGGGUUUUGGAUGUUGAUGAAGGUAAGCGAGGGUCUAAUGCGUCACAGUAUGACAAUGUUCUAGAUGUUGACCAUGAGAAUGAGAAUCUUGUUGAGGAAGAGCUAGAGAAAGCUCAUGUGCAAAGUCCCAGGAAUGUAAUGUACUCUAAUUCUCCUAGGAAACAAGUGGAAAAGAUCCCUAGUCCGCUAAAACUAUCCAGCAAUUAUGCCUUCAAUUCACAACCGAGAACCCCACGUUAUUCAUCUCAAUCUGAUGGGUCAAGUCAUGGAUUGAAUGUAAAACCACCGCUGCCAUCUUAUAAUAACCCACCUACUUACCAUGGAAACUCUCCAAAGCAUGCCUCCAAUAUAAUGAAUUCUGGUUUUAUACCUCCUCAGUAUAAUCAUGGGAAUCGAACCAGCCCUUCUAGUAGACCGUAUGGUUCUGUCUUUUCAACAGAGUUUUUUCCUGAUAAACCACAUAUGAACUCUUAUCCUGCCAAUCACCAAAAUCCUCUGUCUCCAACCCCUAAUAGAAUAGAAGUUCUGCCUUUUGAUGCCUAUCCCAGCAACUCUAGAUCACCUACCAGCGUCAAAUUCAUAAUUCCUCCAGUGGAUUAUUCCAGCAGAAUGUGGCCAGAUGCUCCUUAUGUGCACAGACAUGAAACAUACGGGCAGCCUUGGAACCAAGAUGCUAACCGAAGCCACUUGGAUAACUUACAGAAAUAUCCAUCCUUUCAGACAGCACCUCUUCAUGACCAUAAUCUUCCAACUGUUUCCGUGGAUGGUUCAAUAAGAUACAGAACUUCACCAACCUUGGAAGAAUAUGGUUCACCACAAUAUCAAUAUUCAAGCCCAUCACCCCAUGUCCAGCCCCACAGAAGCCGAAGCGAUGGGUUGUCUAUGCAUGAAUCAAUACUUCUGUGAGAACUAAUCUAUGCUAACUGAAAAAGACAGGAACCAAAAACACUAAAGAUAUAUUGCUGUGUUUAUAAUUAUCCAGAUCAGUAUUUUAUACAGAAUUUGGACAGUUCGUGCAAGUCUCUGAGAAAUAAGAAAUCUAUUUCAGAGCAGUUUCACAGUUUGACUGGAGACUAGUUGAGCGCUUAAACCUGCAUUGAGCCCAUUGCAAGGGAUCUAAUGCAGAUAAACAUAGCAGUAGCAAUAGUGUCAUAUGCAUAAUGUGGCUGAUACUACCAUUGUUUCUUAAAUUGAAGUAACUUGCAUAGAGAAAUGAUCUAUCUGCCUAACACAUGUAACACAUUUUCAAGCUGUAGUUUGACAUUACAAUGCACUGUAUAAGUAUAUGUGUGCGCUUGUAUGCAUAAACUUUGUGUGUGUGUGUGUGUGUGUGUGUACACACACACACACACACACACACACACACACACACACAUAUGUGUGUGUGUGUGGAGAAGACCUAAAGAGUUUAAAAUGUAGAUGCAUUUACUCUUGGGCUAAAUUUGAAGUAUUUUUUCAGUUUAAUUAUUUUAUGUGUAAUUUAUUUGAUAAAUGAACCCAUUCAUUUUGAAUGGGCUCUUCCUGUUAUUCAGGUAUCAACUGCCUCAGUAACCCAGAAUCUGAUCUAAGUUGGAGAGAUACUUUGGGAUUAUUAAUGUAUUCUUACCUGGGAUGAUAUUGCCCAGCUAAUCUCCUCUCCUUUUGGCUACUGACUUGCCUUUUCUAUAAGAAAAUGGAACAGGCAGACAAAAAACCAUGAAGCCAAAAAUGGUGUCUGAUCUGGCUAACAAUGGUGCUUUAAAAUCGGGGCAGUCUAUAAGGAUAGCAUGUCUCUAGGGUAUGGGUGAACUUUUGGCACAGAUUUUGUACCUUUGCACCCAAAUCCAGUUUCACAAUGUGAUGCUUCGUGUCCCUUUUGGAGUCCUCCAAAGUGUUUGAGCGCAACAUGCAAAGUGCCAGAUGCAGAAGUAAUCCUGCAUUCUUGGCAUGAUGCUCAUGCCAAGGAGUCAGACUUAGGAAGUCAGUUGUAGGGUACACUACUGGAUUGCCAAAUAGUCCUCUUACAGGUACAAAAAAAUUGCCAGCCCCUUGACGUGCUAGGAGUAAGACAUGCAGCCCUCUUAAGCUCUGUUAUGUCAGUACCUUAUUAUGUUUUGCCCUCCUUUUUCCAAAGAGCCAGUAGGCUCAUGUCCAUGGCUGGGCAAAUGCUUCUGCACCAUUAGGCUGUUGAGAAAAAUUUGUGUAAUGUCUUAUACUAAAGUAACCCAGACUGUUAAUAGGAAGUUUCCUAGAUUCCUUGUCAUUUAAGUGUCACUGGUUAGUGCUUGCAGCCUUUUGUAACUACCUUUCCUUUUGUUUUCAUCCACUGUGAAAUGAAAAAGCGGCAUUCUUAGGGUGCAGUCCUCUGAGCUGCUGAACACCACGUGGAAGGUGCUGAGCACUCAUUGAAGCUAAUGGGAGUAAAAGGUUGUAAGAGCCUGGCGAGUUUGAGCCCUUGCAGGCUCUGAACAGAAGAGAUUUCUAACUCUUAAAUACCAAAACAGCAGCAUCAAAAUCAGGCUGGGUGUUGGGGAGGUGUUUUGAAAGGUUUGUUAGCAGUCUACACUGAACGCAACAUUGAACACUAGAAAACAUAACUUUUUUUUUCUUUAAAGAUUGAGCUUUGGUGCCUAUUCUUGCUGCAGGUUGGCUCUCUAAGUUUUAAGGUACAGAAGUAAUUUUUUUUUUAAUGGAAGUAAUCUUUAGUUAGGAUAUUUCACAAACUUUUUUGUGUAUAUAAGGAGCCUGAUGUAAUUUUUAAUAAACUGGGCAAUUUUAUAUUUAAAAAAUAAUUGCAGAUUGCAGUGAAAUAACAGUAGCAAAGCACUACACUGAAACUCUAAAAUUGAAAUUGUGAUGCUAAUAUUAUUUGGGCUUACCUUAGUUCUGAUUGCUUAUAGCAGCUUAGAAAUGUCUGUAUAUAUUAAUAUGGCUAAGCAUAAUAAUCCCAAAGUUUAACCAUGGUUCUGUGAUACAUUAUAAAUAAAGCUGUACAAUUUACUUUGUGCAAGCAGCACAAGGCUGCUCCAAAAUAUGUAUCAACACUAGUAAAUACUGUAGAUUUUUUUUUAUAUAUAAAAUAUAUGCACACUAUUUUCUUACGUCAUCUGCAACAGUUUUAUAACUGUGUAUCCUAUUUUGAUGUGACCAUAUUUUUAACAUGUUAAAUAAUAAUAAUUAAGUCUUUGUUGU